GCAUCGCCGACCUUCGCAAACUCGGGCUUCCAAAUAUUGACAUUACGGCUUGAUCGCUCAUCCUCGCAGCAUGCAAAAGUCCUACCGUGAUCAUUUCUGACAGAGACACGCUUCUGCGCCGCACCAAGCUUCCUGACUUACCUCCGUGCUGAUGCAAGCACGCUUCUCCACUUGAGAUUCGUGGCGUCUGCCGCCUCAAAUAUGGUCGUUGCCCCCUCUGCCGUACGUGAGCUGGGAGGACCAGGAUCGGGUCAAGUGUUUUCCAGGGCACACAUGACUUUCUAUAUCUGGGGAUCCGGCGUACAGGGUGAGUGCACUCGGUCAGACGGCGUCGUUCUCGCGGUUUGCUGCCCCGCAUCCGAGCGAGGCCUGUGCGCUCGGCCUGGUAUCGGAGGCCAGGGCACGUUAAAUACGGGCGGUGAUCGGUAGGUCGAUAAAGACGGUCCUCGGAUCGACGCUCUGUCUUCAGCUCCUACGCCUGCUCGCUGCUUAAACAUCUAGGACGACCCUCCCGUGAAGCUAAUCCAGCACUCGAGGAACCAUGGCAGGACAUGAUGACGGCAAGGCUGUAGCGAAUGGCAUCCCGCCUCCUCCGUUCCAGCUCCCGACUCCAGAUAGCCCAGAUGUGAUUACGGCCAACAUGUUCAAGCUCACGGAGCUGACUCCGGACGAUCGCAAGCGAUUCCUAUUGAGGAACCUCGUCGCCCAUCUACAUUCAUUCGUACGGGAGACAAGUUUGACGACAGCGGAGUGGGACCAGACCAUCAAGUUCCUGACCCGCGUCGGACAGACGUGUACGCCUAUCCGCCAGGAGUUUAUCCUCCUGUCCGAUGUCCUGGGAGUAUCUGCACUAGUGGACGCCAUAAACAACCCUCCGGAGAACGGCGCGACGGAGAGCAGCGUCCUCGGACCGUUUUUCACCGAAGAUGCUCCCGAUGUGGCAAACGGCGAUUCCAUCGCGUCGGAGGGCAAAGGGGAGUACAUGUAUGUCGAAGGACGAGUUCUCAGCGUAGACGGGACGCCCAUUCCGAACGCUACUGUCGAGACAUGGGAGACGGAUGCGAACGGCUUCUACGACACUCAGUAUACCACCCGAGAUCGGCCGGACUGCAGAGGACGUCUGCAUUCGGACCAGGAUGGCCACUUCGGAUACCGCGCUGUGGUGCCCGUCGCCUAUCCGAUCCCAGGAGAUGGACCUGUCGGCGAGUUGCUUCUGGGAAUUGGUAGACACAACAUGCGCCCGAAUCACCUGCACCUCAUGAUCGAGGCGCCUGGCUAUCGCAAGCUGACUACGGCGUUCUACCCAGAAGGCGACCUGUACUUGGAGAGCGAUGCGGUAUUUGGGGUCAAGAAAUCGCUCGUCGUGAAACUGCAAACGAUCAAGGACGAGGCCGAGGCGCGAAAGCGAGGCUUCCCGAAGGGCGACACCUUCAAGCUGCUGCAGCGCGACAUCAUCCUGGUUCCGGAGGACCUGGCGGCGAAAGCGUUCAAGGAGAAGGCUGAAGCUGCGGCGAAGAAUGCGGCUGUUUCUCUGUGAGGUCGGCGACUGUGGAUGUCAUGGACAAUGUACUAGUAGAACCCCAGAUUGAAGACGGGUUGUUUGUGCUUCGUGUUUGC